ACAAAGACCAAGAGCAUUCAAGAGUGCUAGAACUACUUAAAAGAGCCAAAGAGAAAGCCCGGCUCCUGGAUUCCAAGACAACCCCAACACCAACAACGACUGGACAUUCGCCAUUAUCGACAACCCAAGAAGAUGGGGCCAGCACUUGCGGGAGAUCAGUGACCGUAGAAAUCAUGAUCCGAAUAGAGGAAGAAGAAGAGACCGGAGGAGCCGAAGAGACUGGAAGAGCCGGCACUUGA